UUCUCCUGGCUGGGUGUAGUUUUGUACAUACCCUGGGAGGACCCCCUGGUUCAACAAAUUGUGCUUGGGAACAGGAAGCCAGGACAGGAACCAACACACAGGACAAAAAACAAAGCUAGUAGGCAGGGGAAGCUAUUGCUGAGCAACCCUGUAACAAAAGGCAGAAAAACUACUGGGUCCUGCCACAGGGGAAAGAAGUAGAGAAGCCAGGAGACUGAGUCCCAUCCACCCCCACCACAAACUGUCCAAACCUAGGAAAGGCCGAGCUGCUUUGCAGAGGGAUUAGGAGGCUGUGUCAGGCCUCUUGGAGGGAGACGACAAGGAUUCUCUGCGCCAUUUGCUGCUACAAGCUGGACUGCUAUGUGUUUGAAUGCAGCAGAGACACAAGGCCUGAUUUCCAGAGAUCUUGACCAUCUACAGGUCCUAAGGGAUGUCUUGAUUCAGUCCCUGCUUGGACUGCACCUUGUGUUGAAGCACCUGAUCUGGCUUUGAACUAGCUUCCUCAGAUACAGGGAGCAGGGAACUGUGUACGCAGCAUAGCUGCAAAACACCCAAGAAACUGGGAAUUUACCUAAAGAAAAAUGACACAGAGACUCUUUGCAAAACUAGAUGCUCUGGAGCAAUCUUCACGUGAGAGCUUGGCCAAGUAUGCCAGAAUUGAAUGUCGAGGGCUUGGGAAAUUACAGUUAAAGCCAUAUGUGUCAACUCCAUUGACAUUUGAAUUUAAGGAGGAUUAUGAAUUACCCAGUGCUAGAAGAUCAGUUGUUUCUGGUCCCAAACCUUCCCCGCAGCUUGCAGAAGAUGAACAGAUCUUCACUCAUCUGAAAACAAGGUCUGAAUCGCCCAGACUGAUGAUUAGGAAGAACCAUAGUGGCAAAUCGGCUAUCCGGCCAUUUAGUGCUCCAGACAAUCUGCAAGCCAAAGCCUGCUAUCAGCAAGAUGACCUACACACUUUAAAGGAAGGUUUUAUUACUUUAAAGCUAAGCCAAAAAGUAAAACCUGUUAGUUUUAGAGCAAAAGUUCACAGAAGACCAAAAUGGAAGACAGAGGUUGAAAGGGUUCAGAAGUUGGAAGUCCUCUGUCAGCAAGAAAAUCAAGCCCAUUUAGCAUCUGCCCUUGAUCACAAAGACACUUCUCACUGGUGCUCUUCUAGGAGUGCCACUAGUCAGAAUGAGGAGACACUUGUACCAGCUACAACAGGAGACGAGUUAGGACAAUACAGCACUUAUGGUGAAUCUGGCAAAACUGUUGCUCAACAGCUAGAAAGAGACAAUAAAGUCUGUGUCUGUGUCAAUGGGCUUUUGUCAUCAGAUGAUCAGAAGGCAGGAAAAGAAGCUCUUCUGAAGGAAAGUGCUUUUAAUCAAGGAAGUGUGAAGAGUAACUUAGAGUCAAAAAAAUGUAAUUCAGAAGAAAAGAAAAACCUAAUUUCCUUGAGCAUUGAGGAUGAAAUGGAAAAGCCUGGUGCCAAAAUAAUCCAUGCUGGAUCAUCAAAGGCAAAAUUUCCCAGUCCAGUGAAAGCAAGUGAAACAUACCCCAUAACUUAUUCUGAAGAGAGAUAUAUGCAAAAGUUUAUUUUGAAUAGGUGGCCAUGUGUAUGUAGAGGUAAAGUCUCGUAUGACUUAGAAAACAAAAAUAGCGAAGUAUGUAUCAACUUCAACCCAGUGUUACAGAACAACUAUGAUUACACCCUUGCCUUAAAUGGAGAAAAAGAAGAAGGUCUUCAAAAUGUAGCUGUAAAGAAAAAUAAAAAGCUAAACAGAACAUCGUCUGCAAAAAAGAAAGUCAGUGUUCAUAUUUUAUCUUCAGAUGGAAAAACCAAAAUAUUAGUAGAUUCACAGAAAGAAAAAACUUUUGUGGAGAAAAUAGUUCAGAGCUUUCUUUAUGCUGAAGCACCAGUCAGUAAAUUCACAUCAAAAGAGAGGAACAUUUCAACAACAAAGGCUGAAUAUGGAAAAACCAAAAUAUUAGUAGAUUCACAGAAAGAAAAAACUUUUGUGGAGAAAAUAGUUCAGAGCUUUCUUUAUGCUGAAGCACCAGUCAGUAAAUUCACAUCAAAAGAGAGGAACAUUUCAACAACAAAGGCUGAAUGUGAUGGAAAUGACCUUCUUGUGCAUGGAGUGAAUCCAAAAUUAGCAGUAUUCUAUGAAAGUUUUCCUACACAAGAGAUUCCAGUAGCAGUCUCUAAAUUGUGCUGGUUUUAUGGAAAGCCACUAAGUACCAUUUCACACACUCAGAAGAAAGGUAGGUUAGCCCGGUCAUCACAACUGAGCUAUAUAUCCAUAGCAAAACCCAUUGAAAUACUUCCAUGUGCAGAUGUCACAUCUCAGUCAGCUCACAACAUCUCAAUGCAAUGUGAUGGUUUGGAAAACAAACAUGUUAUUCAGUCCAGCUCUUAUUUUAUGGAAGAACCUCUGCCAAGUCAGAACAAAGAAGGAAUCUUAGGAGAAUGUUCCCAGCCAGCAUCAUCCUUCAAGGAAGAAACACCAGCUGAUACAAAGCUAAAUAAGCAGCAGCAUUGCUUGGAAGCUGAUAUCCUGUACAAGAACUUGUAUAACCAAAAGAGAUUUGCCAUUGCAAUGAAUUAUGAUAUAGUGACGUUAAAGUGCAGGUUCCCCUCGUCGCUGUGUGUUGGGCUAGGCCAGAUGCUGGCCACCGUGCUCGUGCUGGGGCUGGGCAAGGCGCUCAGGGUGCUCAAGUUCCCGGACUUGGACAGGAACAUACCUCGGAAGACGUUUCCACUACCUCUUCUAUAUUUUGGGAACCAAAUCACAGGACUGUUCAGCACAAAGAAACUGAACUUGCCAAUGUUUACAGUUUUGAGAAGGUUUUCUAUUUUGUUUACAAUGUUUGCUGAAGGAAUUUUACUCAAAAAGAAAUUUUCUUGGGGCAUUCAGAUGACAGUAUUUGCAAUGAUAAUUGGUGCGUUUGUAGCUGCUAGUUCUGACUUGGCAUUUGAUCUGGAAGGAUAUAUUUUUAUCCUGGUCAAUGAUGUCUUAACAGCUGCAAAUGGAGCGUAUGUAAAACAGAAGCUGGAUUCAAAGGAGCUGGGAAAAUAUGGUCUGCUUUAUUACAAUGCACUGUUCAUGAUUCUUCCCACUUUGGCCAUUGCCUAUUUCACAGGAGAUGCGCAAAAGGCAAUGGAAUACAAAGGCUGGGCAGAUACACUCUUCCUUAUACAGUUUACACUGUCGUGUGUAAUGGGGUUUAUUUUGAUGUACUCCACUGUUCUUUGCACUCAGUAUAAUUCUGCUCUCACAACUACAAUCGUUGGCUGUAUUAAGAACAUAUUAAUAACAUAUAUUGGGAUGUUUUUUGGAGGAGACUAUAUUUUUACAUGGACAAACUUCAUUGGGUUAAAUAUCAGUAUUGCUGGAAGCUUGGUGUAUUCCUACAUCACUUUUACAGAAGAACAGCUAAAUAAGCAGUCUGAAGCUAGCAUCAAGAUGGACAUUAAAGGAAAAAGCUCAGUAUAACCAGGGAAUUACUUAUAAAAUAACCCUUGGCUUUGAUUCAGUGAUGAUUACUGGUGGUAGUAAAAAUUUGUCAAUGUAGGUCUCUUUGCAAAUGCAAAGUACCAACAUUAUUCCAUGACAAUCUAAAGACUGCAGCCUUUUACAAAUCUAUUUAAAAGAUUUAUAAUUGAUUGUACAUUAAAUACACAUCAGAUUAAUUUAGGCUAUGAGGAAAACAUGUUUUUAAUUAUUCUGAAACCUGGUAGUAAAGCAGUGCAUCAAUGAUGACGUAGGAGUUCUGACUUCAGAAGGUUGUGUGAAAAGUACUCUGGACAUUAUUGAGUAUAGUAUUGUCUUGUGGGAAGACUUGUCCUACUCAUUCAGUUACAGUUUAGUUUGCAUCUGUAUUGUGAUGCAACUAAGCAGAUCAGCAGGCAAUCUUAAACAGUGUUGAAUAAGCUCUGUGCAGGGACACCAGUAAAAACGACUCUGUCCCCUUUACGCAGUGUAAAAGGGACAGUGAUAUAAAGCAGCUUGCAAAGUCCUAUGUUGAGUCAGAGGGGGACUCAUCAGUGCAGGCAUUGGGAAGGACAGCCACAAAGCUUUCUUUUUAGGAGCCCCUCAAACACAGAGGUACAACAGGCAGGAGUUGGUAUGAACUGCCCCCAAAGAAUUAUUCUUUGAAAUUUAGUCUGCCUAACUUCUUUGGAGGGGAGGAGCGUGUCCAUUCCUUGAAGCAGCUCAGAUCAGGAGGCUUUAAAGACUGUGUAAAGCUUUCAUAGCCUUUCCUCUUGGUCACAGAUUCUGGUGCUGUAUUCACCUCAGUCUUAGACAAGAACAGAGUAAUCAUUUAGCUUUAUAAGCUUUCACUAACCAUAAACCCUCUGUAGUCCCUGCAAAAGUCAUGAAAAGACUAUUCACGUGUUGGAGAGCUUGGUCGUCUUGUCGAUGUUAAGCUUUCCAAAGUUGGGGGAAUUUCGUGAGCUAGAAGUGCAGAGGGACUGAAAUAUAACUUUUCCUUUGGUAGAGAAAAGAAUGACUUGCAUAUUAAAGGCUGGAGCCUGCUGAUCUUUUAAUAAAGGAAGCCGUUCUGCAAUACAUGCCAAUGUUUAGGUUUUGACCAUUCAACCAUGUUUUGACCAUUAGUUUGUGGGGAUUUUGUAAUAGAUGCUUUAAUUUUAAAUUUUUUGAAGCCUCUCUUCACCCUGCUCAGAUUCGAUGCUGGCCUCAAACAUGUUAGUGCUUGCAAAAUUGAGGUAGGGUAAGCAAUCUCGAGGAGAGAUUCAACAGUACUAGAGAUGCAGCACUUUCAGAUUUAUUUACCUUGGUGAACUGGCAAGGGCCUCCCUGAAAAUCAGUUUGAGUCAACUACUUGACCUUUCAGUCUUAGUCUGAGCAGCACGGCAGGUUGCUGCUCAGCAGGGUAAGCUAGCCCACACGGAGCUAGCUCUGUGCUGCUGUGGCUAGAUAACUCGUGGUACCUGAGGUAGCUUGUAAGAAGGUGGAUCAGGUGUCUAGACCACACUGGGCUGCAGUGUAAAUCUAGUCCUAGAAUUAUUUUGAGGUUGGUGCUGCAGUGGGAUCAUUUAAUUAAAGAAGCGGCCCAUCCUUUAGGCAUGUGAAUCACAAAAGCGGUUCCCACUAGCACCUGAAAUAAACCUGCUGGUAUCCCUGAGAUUUUGCAGAUCAGGCUGAGCUUUUACUUUAAAAAAUCAUGUGAAAGUCUGUCUAAGCCUUCUUUCUAAAAGUAACGUUUUUGAGUGCUCUCUCAUCCCGAUACAAAGACAAAUAAGUUAACUUUCUAGUUCAGCAUAUUGAACAGUUAAAGCACUUAACACUUUAUGCAUGUUAAAAGUUAGUGAAAGGUCUGUAAAGUGUUGCCUAGAGUGAAUAUUUAACUCAUUACCUCUGUUCUUCUAGGCAAUGUCUGUUUUUUUUCCAUAAAAAAGGACAUUUAAUAUGUACUGAUAUAGUUCUAAUGUUGUAGCCCUGUGCAGAUUUUAUUCUGUAUCUGGCUUAUUGUUGAGUGCAGUUUUCCAAAAGUUAAGUACUGACUUUUAUUUUUGCAGUAUUAUUUUCUAAAUCUCUCCCUGUGAAUAUCUUCGGUGAAAUUUAUAUACUACUUCCCUUUCCCUUUAUUUUUACUUCUAUCCUUCAUUUUUUUAGAAGAGACUUUCAUAGGCACUUUUUUCUGGUUGCCUCUGAAAGGAUAUUUGGUAGAAAACCCAACUGCGGUUGUAAGAAAUGCUGCACCUGUCAGAAUAUUUCAUAUGUAACCUCUCAGAUGUAAGAAUUCCUGUAGAUUUUUGUGCAAAAACAUUUAAUCAACAUAUGGCUAAAACCAUACAGUGUUUAUCUACUGUGUUUCCUUGGCAGCCUGCAUUGUUGGCUAGUCCUCCAUUUCAGACUCUUUAAACAGCCUGCUUACGUGGGUAUUUUUAAAUGAGCUAAACAUAUGCUGUUUAUAUAUUAAAGGAAGUGGAAGUCUGCAUUCAGUGCAAAUGAUACCCUGACUUGUCAAAGGCUUCCUGAAAUCAUGCAGUUAGUUCCUACUGUACUGUGAUGGCAUGACCUUAUGAGUCUCCUAAAGAAGAGCCAGUCCUGGGGAUGGAAGAGUUCAGUGAAGCUGCUUGUAAUUUUUUUUUUAAAUCCCUCAGUCGGGGAGGUGGAAGAGGAGGAAUUAAUUAUGGGGGGGAAAGUAAAUAAUCCUUAAGUCUGUGAUGAGUAUUCUUUUAAAUAAGAUAAACUUAGGAAGAAGCUAGAACAAAAGGAUUUACCAGAUGCAUAGUUUUCCCUUUUAUUGUGUACUAAGAAAAUCCAAUGUAAAAACUGCAAAACUUUAACUUGAACUACAUUUGGUUUUGAACUAUGUAACCUAAUUUUCCCCUCAUUGCACCUAGGUGUUAAUUUGAGAGAUCUGGGAUUUUGGGUAGAUUUAUUGCAGCUCUUGUAUCAAAGUUGGAGAAAGCUAAUAUUUCAGAACAAGGGUGUGAACUGUACACAGUAGGCAAAAGACUGCAUGACACUUUCUCUUUGUCUGCUUUGUCAGUAGUCUUGCUUAUAGGCAGCUGUUGGAUCAUGCACGUAACUUUAAAUUGUUUGCCUUUUCCACAUGCUGAUUUUAAAUUCAGCAAAUGAAAUUUCUCCUGUUAAAUUUUUGCUUUUCUUUGUGAGGGAGAAAAACCAAGAAACUGGUCAUUGUAAAUGGGUCGUCAUGGAAGUGUUUUUAACUUACACUGAAAACUUAUUCCAAGAUUAAUACUUUUGAUUUAGUUGAUCAUGCAAAUCAAAGUACUUGUUCUAAACCCCCUUUUUUUUUAAUUUAGCAAGAUCAUGGCACAAAACCUCUCUCUAGACCCUUUAUGCCAGGUUAAAGAUCAGAGCUGUGUAAAUGAAUCUUAAAAGUCCCUCUUCCAGUUGUGGUAGUUUUUAUUCCCCUAGUGCAGGCACCAAGGAAGAGAGCCAUGAGUUUGCCUUUAGAUAUCCUCUUGCAAGUCUUGGCUUGGGGGUAGGUGUUAAAGUAGGACUACAGCACUUCCCCUUUAUGGCAAUUUCAUGAGUUGAAAUGGUCUGCAGAGACUUGGGGGGGGCAGGGGUACAACUGGGACAAAGCCCCAGAGCUUUCCAAAUUAUACCAGAAGCUCGUGGCCAGGAAAAGGGAAGAUGCAGAGAAGGCUUAAAGUUGCCAUUGCAUCUCUUCCUUCUGUGCUUUACCUUAGAGGAGCAGCACCGAAUUUUGUUUCAAGUGAUUUAUUUAGAUUAACUUAAUGUGGUGUUUGACCAAAUCAUGGAAGUCUUUAGCCAAGCCGUCUAAUUCUUACCAGUAGCUUAAACUAGAAUAUUUUCAUAUAGCUUUUAUUUUUGCUUAUCAUCAUGCUGGUCUGAAGCAUUUCGGUCAGGUGUUCGUUACUGAGAGAACUUCUACCUUUUUUUUUUUUAAUCUACUGGUUAGAUUUAUUGUCCUGUAAAAUAUUUUUAAAGCUUACAUUGUUUGUAAACGUGCACAUUUUUAGUGCCAAGAUCCGGAUGAUAUUGUAUACACUGGGAAGCUGAACAAAAUUCAUACAAUAGAAUAUUUUCUAUACUAUUAAUCUUACUCUAAAUAUGUUUUUCUAUAUAGAGUCUAUUUACAAAAAGACCGUUUAGUGUUCAAAGGAUGCUCUUGAUUCGAAUGUACUGCAGGCUUUAUAUAUAUAUAUAUUACUUCAUGAAUGAUAGCAGAAGGACUCUUAUGUGCCUAUGUAUUUUUGUACUGGCUUUAAAUAAAUACUGUUUUUCCCUGAAA